AUGAAAGGACUUUUUCAUGAUCCAGACAAGACCUUAGUACAAUGGCCUAAUACUGAAUUACACGAAAGCAAAAUAAGAAACUUAGCCAGUAGAGCAAAGCAGCCUGAUUUCACAGUUUCUUUAAUACAUCAACAACAAAUUGAUUCAGUGAUUUUUGUUGGAGAAGUAAGUCCACCUUCUGAAAGAAAUAAUGUUUUCAAAAAUUCAAAUGAUUUGAUCCACAAAAACAAUCAACGUGGAAUUGAAGAAGGUUCUGCACAAGAUAUUUAUCUUAUACCAGAUUCAAAAUCAAUUAAUGGUAUCAGAAAGUAUCUUUCAAAGCGUCCUAUUAGUGCUUCUAAAAAAUUUUAUUUACAUGCAUAUCGUAGUAUUAACAGAAUAACAAAUCUUAUGAAAGAAAUUGAAAAAUAUGUUAAAGUAGAGCUUCCAACUGGUCUCUUAACAAAUCAUUCUGGCCACAAAACUGUUGCUCAGAUUCUUCAUACAGGAAGAUGUUAA